GUCGUUCAGGUCGCUGAUCGUCUCUUUCCUGUCUGCACAUGCAGUUUAUCUGUGCAGCAUUCUUCUUGUAUUGAACAUCCAUCAGGAUGGCAGAGAGCACACCACCGCCCCCAGACCUGGAUCCAAGUAUAUAUUCGUUGGAUGAGCAUGAAUCAGCCUUCUUCAAAUCUCAGACGGGCAUCCCGGACGAUGAAGAGUUGAAGAAACAUAUACUCAAGGUUCAGGAGAAAGCUUAUAAGGUUUAUCCUUAUCCAUGCAUUCGGCGCUUCGCAUUUGCAAGCCUUAAGAUCUCUCGCCUUCCUGCGUAUGAGCGGUUUCUGCAGCUAGGCAAAGAACGAAACUGCGCCAUAUUCCUCGAUAUCGGCUGUUGCUUUGGCAAUGAUGCGCGUAAAGCCAUAGACGAUGGGUACCCUCUGCGUAACGUGAUUGCAUCGGACUUGCGCCCAGAGUUUUGGGAACUCGGACACGAGCUCUUCCGGUCGACUCCAGAGCCAUUUCCCGUGCCUUUCAUCCCAGGAGAUGUCUUCGACCCGGCUUUCCUGCAGCCAGCACCCGUUGUCUACUCCCCUCCCUCGACGCCUGUCCCCGACUUGUCGUCCCUUACCUCAUUGACACCCCUUAUCGGUCACAUCUCCGCGAUACAUGCAUCAGCCUUCUUCCAUCUUUUCAACGAACAGAAGCAGUUUGAGCUCGCCCAGAAGACGGCUUCAUUAUUAUCUCCUGAACCAGGGUCCAUGAUUUUUGGUUCACAUGUCGGCUUGCCUCAUAAGGGGCUCAGAACAAGGAGGGGGAGGCCGGCUGGGGCCCCGCUAUUUACUCACUCCCCCGAGAGCUGGAGGGAGCUAUGGGAUGGACACGUUUUUGACGAAGGUAAAGUUAGGGUUAAAGCUGAGCUGAAACAGGUAGAAAGACCGGAUCUGCCGCCAGGCGAUGUGCAUUACCUUUUGGUAUGGUCGGUAACGCGGCUAUAGAAGAAGUGCACAUUCUGUACCAUGUCGCUAUCUUCCGCCUCUAUAAGCGUAUGCCACAUCAGUUGUUGUGAUCUUUCCCUGAAAUAUUGACCUGUCCAGGUCCCUCUGGCUCGAAUUGCAUCGGGACUUCUAUCUUGCUGAAUCUCCACCCCAGAUGAUAUGACUUCUCAUUGGAGUACAGGCUGGUACAUGCAACUGUAUCCUCAUUGACUGGAUCCAGCCGCUAGCUGAGAUGCGAC